GCAGUUUACUGUUGAACCAGUAACUGGACUUUGUCACAUGGUUCCUUCUCUUUAAGAUUACUGAUUACUCUUUUAUUUUUGUGAAUGUUCAUAUGAUACUUUGCCCCACUCAAAACUCAGAUCUGAAGAGCACCAAGUAAACAAAAUACAACCCUUCCUGUCUCAUUUUAAUGGAUAACUGUCAGUUGAAGAUAUAUACUUUUGUUGGCUGGGUCAUCUUUGUCCAUCCCUUGCCAGUAAAUGGAGCAAAGCCUGAUGUCCGGCAUGUAAAUCAUCGGCGUAGAACACAUGUCCUCUAUGUAAUUUGUUCAACUGUGACAUUGUACUCCCACUAUUCUCCUGAAGUGGAUGACAUUUUUUCCAAGAAAUCUCAAAAUCCUCGGCAUUUAAAAAUGUCCGGUUGGCAGAUCCUGGCUUUCUUGGGUGGUCUUGUGGGGCUGGGGGCCACCAUAGGUGCCACAGUGUCCAACGAGUGGAAGGCCACUAGCAGGGCAUCCUCGGUUAUCACCGCUACAUGGGUGCUGCAGGGACUGUGGAACAACUGUGCUGGAAACGCGAUCGGAGCCCUCCACUGCAGACCCCACCACACUAUCUUUAAACUGGAAGGCUACAUUCAGGUCUGCAGAGGUCUCAUGAUAGCAGCCAUCUGCCUCGGAUUCUUUGGUGCCAUCUUUGCCUUGGUCGGGAUGAAGUGCACCAAAAUUGGAGGAAGUGAUCAAAACAAAGCUAGAAUAGCUUUUCUCUCAGGAGUUAAUUUCAUACUGAGUGGUCUCUGCUCUUUGUCUGCAUGUUCCCUGUACGCCCACAGGAUCACGUCAGAGUUUUUUGACCCCAUGUUUGUCGCACAGAAAUACGAAUUAGGAGCUGCCCUGUUCAUCGGCUGGGCAGGCUCCAUCCUGUGUCUCCUAGGGGGGCUCAUCCUCAGUUUCUCCAUCGGAGACAGUUUCCCUCCAAAAAACUCAGGUCGUUACGGUUACAGAGGCUCCGCCUCGCGUGUCUCAUCCCACCCCAGGGCUCAUGCACAGCCCAUACACCAGAAACCUCCCCCUGACUACAGCAACUCUUCCAGAGCACAGCACUUUGACAAAAAUGCCUAUGUUUAAGAAGAAAGACAGACGCAGAGUUACCAUAGUUACAUGGAUUUGAGGGACAUGCUUACGUAAUUUACUUUGGUAGCGAUGACAAACAAAACUUGAUACAGGAUAUGAACUGUGUAAGUAUGAGUACAUAACUGUUAUGAACCACUGGAUAUUGUCUUUACCCACACUGUCCACUUUUACAACACUUUAGCACAUAUUGCCACGUCCGUAUAUGUGUUACUUUUACUUUGCUCCUAACUGAUAUUUAGACACCCCCCCUUGACAGCAACUGAAGUAUAAUUAAGUAUAAAUUUAAUGUUGUAAAUACAGAGCUUUCAAAAGUCGUAAAGUUAACAGUUUAUUGAUGUCAUAAUAAUUUGUUGACGGUUUACUGUCAAUUGUUUUAUAUUUUUUGAUAAUCAUGAAUUUGACAUUAAAGUAAACUGAGCAC